GGUAGGCCCAUAGGCUAAGGAGUUAGUAAAACUAAUUAACCCUUGAUUCGCAUCUGAAACAUUGAAGCUUCCAACUGUGGCAUCAGAUUUUGAUCGAUUGUUGAAGAAGCUCACCGCCAAAUCGCACCUAUGAACACUGAAAUUACGUCGGCGGCCAAGCCGGAGUACCCGGUCAUUGAUCGCAAUCCUCCAUUCACUAAGACCGUCUCCAAUUUCAACACCCUCGACUACCUCCGCCUCUCCACCAUCACCGGCGUCUCCGUCGUCGUCGGCUACCUCUCCGGGAUCAAGCCUGGGAUUCGUGGACCGUCGAUGGUGACGGGCGGUCUGAUUGGAGUGAUGGGAGGGUUUAUGUACGCCUACCAAAAUUCAUGCGGCAGGCUCAUGGGAUUUUUCCCCAAUGAAGGCGAGGUUGCCAAGUACAAGAAGAAGUGAUCGAAUUUUUCUAGGGUUUCUGCCUAAUGAAAGAUAAUUCCUCUUUCUCAUUAUAUUUCGAGGUUUUGUAAGAAUGCCGACGCAACUUGUAUGUUGUUCUUAAUAAUUAAGAGGUGGUUGCUGAAACUUGGAAUUGCUUGUAUUCGGAUUGCUGCUUGGUGAAUUUAACUGACAUUUCCAAUGCUGAA